AUGACUGGUCUGGAUGGGCUCGUAGGUCUUCACAACCUUACAUUCACUGCCAAGGAAUAUGGCCUGACCUACAAAUCUGCGCUGAAGUCACUCCAAGAUAUCAUGAGAGACCCUUAUCAUGGUCCCAAGCUGGUCGAGCAGCUCCAAUCGUGGGCUGAGGCUGGAUGGGCCACAUGUUGCAAAGUCGAUGGCAAUGAAGCGCCCCACAAUGUUGAUAUUGAGAUUGUGCUUGAUUGA